AUGACCGAUACUCUAAACUCACAGCAACACACGUCCCCGUCUCAGGAGCCUUCGCUGGUUCGAAGGCCGAAGGGGUUUCUUAAUUCAAUAAUGGAAGAGAAUCCCGAAGAGGGGACGAGAAUGCCGCAAAGCAUGCAUGGUGGCGCCUUAGAGAUCAACAGCUGGUUGUCGCCGAUGAUCGAUCACUUCCCGACGCCGCGGGGAGUGCAUUAUCUGGCCGCCCCCGUGCUUCCUUCAUCUCCGUCCACCAUAUCGGCUCACGGCAGCUCCCCCAGCCGCUCCUCCAACCCAUGGAACCGAGUCAGUAUCGGUACAGAAAACACCGAGUUCGAGGAUCUCUAUGGCGUGUCUGAUGAAGAUGACGACAAUAAGUCACCUCGCUUACGUCGGACAUCCGCCGUAAGGAGACGUCGGAGCCAGGUCGUCAGCUCGGCGGAUCGGCCACCUCGUGUGCCUAUCAUUGCGGACCACUGCAUUGACACAGCCGUCUGGUCGACCGUAGACGAUAUCAAGAAUAACACAUCGCCUGUGCAUCUUGCUCCCGCCGCUCGUCUGCCCAUAUCACGAGCCCAGGUGAACUUUAUGGGCAAACAGCAGGCUUUGGAGGUGCCUGCAAUCUCUGCGCCUCCCUCGCUCGACGGCAGUUUUUCCUCUGACCAGCUCUCUGCCAUGAGCGCUCCCUCGACCCCUGUGGAUGGAAACGAUGAACGGAGGGCGGAAGAAGUGUGGAAUGGAGUUCGGCUGCAGCCUGACGCUCUCGCGACUCUUCAAGCGUUGUGCAACAGUGUUCGCGAAAAUGCCUUUGACAAUUCGCCGCGAGUGCUCGACCUUCAGCACCCGCCCUCCGAUCCGACCACUGCCAGUCGACAACGACUUCCUCGACUAACCACCAGCAUUCAGCAGCAGCCGCCUCUGGGAGGCCCUGCAGCGGCAUCUCCGAGCCCGAGCCUUCAGUCUCUUGCCGGCUUGACACUGUUGGACAUUCCGUCUCCUGCUGGGUUUUUCUCCGGUCUAUCUCCUGCGACGCGGAACACUUGGCACAUGCUGACCAAGACGCCUGACGAGUUGUCUCCCCCAACCUCGACGACGGCGGAGCAAUUUUACCGCUGCCCCUGGAAUAUCGAUGUUUCGAAGCCGGCUUCCCCCAAGCGUCCCGAGUCGGUCGGGGAAUACUACAGAACGGCGCGUUCAUCUUCACACUCGGGCGGUCCGGCUGAGCAUGUCGUUCGGAUUCGAGAUGAUGCCAACAUGUCUGACGGCACCCGCACUACCCGUCCGAUGGUUCAGGACAAAGAGGUCAACUUGUCCGUCUCUCUCGAGAUUGACGAUGGGCCGGUCGAGAUCGUGACAGACUACGAUGUCAAGUAUGCUCGGAAGCUCCAAACGGAGGCCUUGCUCAACUGUGGCCGCACCGAGCUGUGGCUUAUGGCUCAGCGGACUUACUUGCAGCGUAUGAACAUGGACAGCAAUCAAGAAGACGGGUCUUCCCAGAAGUCGGCGGAGGAAUCAGGGGUGGUGCCCAUUCUGGAGCAUCAGUCUCUCCCUGAGGCUGAGACCGAGGAACUGGCCGCAUCGAAGAGGAAAGCGGUCCGGUUUUCAAGCAUAAUCCCGACGAUUGUCAAGUCGAAUCAAGCUACAAUGCAUCUUGUGUUGCAAGAGUCGGCUUACUUUCGAGAAUUUCAGAACUACAUGGAACGGACUCAUGCUCGAGAUGUCUUCAUCCAUCAACUCACCCGCUUCGAGGCGCUCCAAGCGCGGCGCGUUGCCCUGCGAGAGGCGCAUCGCAAUCAGCUUCUCGGAAAAUUUCAGCUCAGCGUCGUCCCUCAGUCGGCCAAGAAGCGCCUCAGUGCGAACGUAGCCCGGGGAGACCUGAUGGUGACUGACGACCCUGGGAGGAUACGGAAGGAGAAGGAAUUUGAGGCGUUGGGUCAAAUGACGGUGCCAGCGUGGCACGUCGCGGCCGUCAAGUUUCUCAACGGGGGGCGUCUCCUCACUUCGCCGGUCGCGAAGAGGCUCGAUCGAUUCUCCUGCAUGACGCCGGGGAGGGACGGCGUCUCGCGGGAUCGUGCUCGGAUCCUCGACCUCGGCGGGCCGUCGACGUGCGAUUGGGCGUGGCACUGCGCCUUCCAGUACCCCAGCACCAAGAUCUACUCGGUGACGACGAAGGCGAUUCGGCAGCUCUCAAACGCGAACAUCCGCGGGCCGUCGAAUCACCGGCAGGUGGCGGUGGAAAGGCUCACGCGACUUCCCUUUGCCGACGACAGGUUUGAUGUCAUCUCGGCCCGCGAGCUUCACAGCAUCCUCAAGCUCGUGGGCGAGAAGGGCGAGGACGAGUGGGAGAGUUGUCUUCGGGAGUGCAUGAGGGUCCUCAAGCCCGGCGGCUACCUUGAGUUCUCCAUACUCGACGCGGACAUGGUCAACGCCGGGCCCGUCGGGCUCGCCAAGAGCGUCGAAUUCGCUUUCAGCCUAAAGACGCUCGGCUACGACCCGAGCCCGUCGAGGACCUGGCUCGGCCGGCUCGCUCGGGCGGGCUUCGAGGAUACGCGCCGUAUCUGGAUGUGCCUUCCGAUGGGUGCCGGGCGAAGGGCCCAGACGGCUGCUCCUCCUCCGGCCUCGGCGUCAUCGAGCAAGCUGGCAGAACCUGGGUCCCAGCCUAACGAGCCGGAUGCGAGCUUGAUGGGUAGCAGCGACAACGUGGCGGGCAUGUGCAGCAUCGUCGGCGGCUGGAGCUGGGAGCGCUGGCUCCUUCGCUGCGAGCUGGAGAAGGUGGCCGGGAAGCUGCGGCUGGCCGAUACGGUGACGCCGGGGGCAGCGAUGAAGGAGGCCGGAAAGUGCCUCGAAGGGGUUCACGCCGUCAUGGAGGAGGGUAGAGGCCGCAACGCGGGGUUCCGGAUGCUCAAUGGGUAUGCGAGAAAGCCCAAGGCUAGCGGCACCGACGUCGCUCGGACCGCACUUGCAGGUUAA